AUGAGGAAAUCUUAUAGUGACAUUACCAACAAUGCUAGUGGUAACAUUAGACGUAUGGUCAGCAAUAUCAAUCCAAGUUACCACAAGAUAUUUAGUAGCAUUUGUAAAAUUAGAUUCAGUUAUCUAGCCACAAGAUUUCUUUUCACAUUAACUAUAUCAACAUUUGUAUCAAUAAGAUUAUUCCAAAAAUUUAUUUUCAGACACUUAUAUUAUGAGUAUUAUUAUAUGUAUAGCCAAAAUGCCAUCAGCAGCAACAACAAUAAUUUUUUAUUAAAUAUUCUAAUUCUACUUCCUAUUAAGUUAUUGGCCCUUUAUUUAGGAAUAAUAAUUAUUUACAUUACAAGAAAGUAUUAUUUACAUGUCACUUACAAUACUACUAGUGGAAUUACUUAUCUUAAACGCACUUUUAAAAAAAUAACACUUUAUGAGUGUAUUUAUAUUGCAAGCUUUGUUUUGAUUAAUUCAUCCUGUUUAAAUAUUUUCAAUAUAUAUUCAAAUUUUAAUACCACUUUCCGAUUCAAAACUGUUGUUACUUUUAUUGUUCCAUUGAUAUAUUCCACACAACAUGUUAUUUUCGAUUUUGAUAGGUUAUUUUUUGUUAACAAGAAAAGCAUUAACUACCAAUCUCCCCAAACAUAUAUAACCUCAAGAUUAAAGAAAUCUUUGGAGAAAACAUUUUUUUUAUCGCUAUUCAGUUUUUUUACAAUUUUGAUCAUAUACAAAGUGGACCCUUUAUAUGCUGUUGCUUCUAUUAAUAUUAACAAGCUACCAAAAUUGAGCGAUUUGUUUUUAUCUUUGAUGUCGAUUUCCAUUACACUCCAACUUUGGGAAUGGGCUAAUAUUUCGUUUAACGCAUAUUUAUCCAUUGGUCCAUUGCAUAGAGGCACACUUCUAAGUUCUUUAUCUUCUUCUUCCUUUUUUUCUUCCCCAAAUUCUGCUUCCCCAAUGGAGACUUUGAUAUCUGGUUUGAAAUCAAAGAAUAAUUUUACCAAAUUGACUGCAUUUCAGGAAUUAUCAUAUAGAGCGAGAAGUUCACAUGUUCAAUUCAGAUAUCCAAUUUACCAUCAAAGCCGUCAGGUCUGGCCUAGCAUUUUAGCAGAAUGUUUCAAUACCAUCAAUGAUACCAAUACCAAAGUUUCAGAAUAUUUAUUGAAAGUAGACACCAUAGGCCAAGGAAAAAAUUAUACUAGUGUUGAGGAGAAACAGAGAAGGGAAGGUUCUAUGUAUGACCUAGAUACUACUAAUAACGGCGAUAAUCUUUUUGGCAACGAUACAAAAACUUUUGAAAACGGUAGUUACAGUACUUUAUACAACACAAACUAUUACAACAACAACAAUAAUAAUAGCAAUAACAACGCAUUUAAUAUUUAUUCAAAUAAAAACAUUUUUUUAAACACUAAUAAAAGUAAAAGUAGUGCUAAUGAUAAAGGUAUGGAAGAAAAUUUUACUAGUGAAAGCGUCCAGACAAAUAUACUUUCCACUAUCGUAAUCCCAUUCAUAAUUAAAAUGGUAAAUAUAGGUAUCAGCAGGUUCUUUUUCCCCGAUGUGGUUGCUAAUUCUGCUAAUAACAUUAACAACACAGUUACAGAUGGAACAAUUAUACCUACAAACUUAAUUACAGAAAAUUUAAAAAAUUUGAACAGGAAGCUUUUCAGUAAUGUUCAACGGGAUUCCAUUAGAUUAUGUCCAUUGCCAAAUGUUUAUGCCGAUUCUGUCUUAUCUUUGACCGGUAUUUUAUUAAAUGCAUUGGAAGAAGAACCUCAUAGUAGUUGUACCGGGAAUAUUGGGGAUGUUUUGAAAAUAUUAGAAAGAUCAAUUAGUAUCUUGGGAGGAUUUGUGGAAUAUUCAGAAAAAAUUCAUAAAUUGGAUAAUAAAACUGAGCAGGAAGUUAUUCCUAAGACUGUUUUAUCCAUAUUAUACGAUCUAAGCGUCAAUGCGUUUUUAGAAUUAGUUUUGAGAUAUAAUGAAACUUUAAAUAAUAUUUAUCUGGAUGAAGAAGUAAAGAGUUUAGUUAAAUGGGUUUCUGAAAUGAUAAAUCAGGAAUGA